AUGAUAAAUUUCAAAAAUAAUUCACUAACUAAUAUAAUAGCUAAAGAUAAAUCUAGCUUUAAAUCAAAAAAAAAGGGAGAGGAGAAUUUAGAAGUUUUAAAAAAAACUGAAGAUAUUAAUUUUUAUAAUAAUAUUAAUAAGAGUAAUUCAAGUUUGCAAAAUAAUGCUAAAGCAUAUGAAUUAUUUUUAAAAGCAGCAGAAGAAAAUUAUGCAAUCUCACAAGUUUAUCUUGCUAAAUGUUAUUAUAGUGGAUAUGGAAUUAAAUCAGAAAAAGAAAUUUCUGAUGCUCAAUAUCAAUUAGGAAAUUGUUUUUAUAAUGGAAUUGGAACAGAAAUAAAUCAAAAUGAAGCUUUUACUUGGUAUAAAAAUGCUGCAAAUAAUGGAUUUAGAAAAAUCUUUUUAUUGGUAUCAAAAAGCAAUUUAUAA